CUGGGCGCGGAAAUGCAGUUCAUUCGCCCGCUGGUUAUUCCGAAUCGUCACCACAGAACCGCUCUCUGAUCUUUACAAAGCAUGGUUUGAGAAUAAUAGCUAGCUAACUCGCUAGUUAGACAAUUCUGGGACACACCAGAUAUCAGUUUUUCUUCUAUCUGGCACCCAGUUCAAACAAAACUGGCAUGCAUCGCAACAGAGCAGAAGAUACAAGCGGAACAAAAACACUAAAAUAGGUAGCUGGCUAGUUAGCUUGCCAACAAGACACAUUUGUGUUUACUGGACACCCUCCUUCCUUGGCCAUUCAGCUUAUCUGAUCACACUUGCUUCAGGAUAACAGAAGAAACAUUUUGACAUCAAAGAUCCCAGUCUCUGUUUUAGAUCUGUAACCAUGUUGGGACUUCAGAACACCAGAACUGGCGACCUGCCGACCAGGACCUAUCGCUGUGUGGCUUGUGCGGCCACAUUCUCAGGGCUGUCCUCUUUACUGGUCCACCAGGCCUCACAUGCCAAUGAUGGAAACCCACUGGACAAGCUUCAGCCACCCUUAAGCCCGCCAGGGAUCUCCUGCACCCACUGCAGCAUCGUGUUUGCCAAUAAGGAGCUCAUGAAUCAGCAUCGUUGUGGAGCCCUCCCUACCUCUUCAUCCAGUUUCAUAUGUGAGUGUGGAGAACAGUUCCAACGCCAUGGCGCUCUGUUGGACCAUAAACGUUUACAACACCAUAGCUCUGAUCUCCAGGUUCAGGACUGUUCUGUAGAUGAGGAAAACAAAUGCGAAACAAAGGGGACUGUCUCUAGCCCACUUGACCAAACAAACCCAUCCUCUAGUCAGGGUUUCAGCCCCGUUUGUGGUUCAGAUUCAGGCACUACUGAACUCCAGCUCAUCCCGCUUCUGACUGGCACGGCGACUGCCCCUGAGAAUGAAAGAAGGGAGGAUUUUUCAGUGCCAACCACACGUCUGUCUCAUUUUACCAAAUCCCCCCUGGUCCCAGGGCAGCUCAUGACUGCCCCUGUCUCCCAGCCUGUGUUAUUCAGUGCAUUGCCAGCCUUCACAUCACCACAGGAUCAACCCUUGCUCUUUGGAGGCAAGGCAAUGGGACCCUUUCUGUCAUCAAAUGUUUCCACCUCCAGCAGCAUUCUCCCGCUACACCAACCGCAAGACCUCCAGCAACCCAAGAAAACUUUGAAAAAGAUGUUGUUUUCAGAACUGGUGAAGCGCUUACCACCAGCUCGGAUGUCUUGGAAUCAUACCAAGGGGAAUACUUUCUCCAAAAAUGCAGUGAGCACUGUGGCAGGUGUGGAAGCAUCGCCUGCAUCACCUUCGGGAACUUCAGUACGUCAGCUCCGAAAACUGCUGGCCAAAUCUGCUGCAAAGAAAAAAGCUUUAUCUCAAGCGUCUGCCAUUUUGAAUCUUAUCACUUCAAGUAAACCCCACACCAAAAUGGCUAAUGACAUUGUCAAUUUGAAUAGGACUUUCCUCCCUGUGGUUGCGCUUGUGACACGCCAGAAGCUGUUGGGCAGUGGCAAGGAUGGGAUGGAGGGGCGACACCAAUGUGGCCGCUGCCGGAAGAUUUUUCAGGACAUGGACAGCCUGAUUCUACAUCAUGCUGUGCACAGGAAGGAAAGGGUUAAUGGCUGCCGUCGCUGUGGUCAUCUACUUAUUGGUAAAUUAGCCAUUCCAGAAAACCACUUGUGUCCCCAGACCUCCAGCUUAUCUCCCCAAGAUAUUUUCUCAGUGGGAAUUCUGCUCUCCUCUCGCUCGGGCACUCAUGCGCACUCCAGCCAACCGGGCAGUGUGGUGGCUAAUACCUUGCAGAUGACCACCCCCCUCCCCAGUACAAAGAAGAAUUAUCACUGUUUCCUCUGCAAUCAGAGCUAUACUCGCUUAUACGGUCUAAAAAAGCACAAGUGUCUUGGGAUGACUACCAUCCUCAAGGCUGCUGCAUCCCACAAGAAAGAUGGGGUCCAGUCCCCAGCAAUGGGGAUGAGAGUGGAUGGCGAGCUGAAAACAGCUGAGAAGCAGAAUGAAGUGGCGGGAGAUGAUUUGUCACUGACGCACAAAAGCGUUGGGGUGGGACCUGCAGGUCCGCUUGGUAUCAAAUUGGAGGCUUUCGAAGUGGGGUCUGUGACAGGAGUGAUGUCCCCUCAAUGCCUGGAGGCUGAACGUCCUCAUUUGGGAGUCAACCCAGGCUCACCCAAGAUGUUCAUGCCCUUUCCUCACAAUUCAGCCGAACAUACACUGUCAAAACCUCCGCCAUCACAGACGGAGGGAAGCUGUGAUUUUCCUGCGCAAGGUUUUCCACCUGUACGCCAAGGUAAUUUGGAAGAGGACAAGAGAGAAGGCGAAAUGGCUAGUGGCGGUGCAGAGAGAGGGAAGGGAAAGGGACAGUGGACAGUGCCGAUAGAUGAUUCAGAAAUUGAUCAACUCAUAGAGGCAGAGGGCGCUGAUGAUGAUGACGAUAAUGAGGAGGAAGUGGUGGAAUCCAUUAUUGAGAAAUCCAUUGAUUCUACACAAAAUCAGAACAGCUCUCAGAAUCAGGCUUUUCAAGGAGUCGGUAAAUGUUUCACCUGCUGUCACUGUGGAAAAAGCUAUACUCGGCGCUUCACCAUGCACCAGCACCAAAAGAAAUGCCCCUUAGGAGUAAGGCCGGCGAUGCAGCAAAAUGUGAGGAAGACACUGAAAGCCAGUAAAGCCUGGCCGGGCAAGCAGAGCUUUGAUUGUCUCCAGUGUGGGAAGAGCUUCAGCUACAGGGACACACUGGUUCUGCAUCAGAGAAACUGCCAGCUAAGGAACGGCAGAGGUGAUGGGCACGGAGACCCCUCUGGCCCAAAAAAGAGGAGCAGUAUGCCACUGCAACAGGACCAUUUAGCCAGCCAGGGGAAGCUGUUUGUGUUGCCACCAGCUCCAAAACCAAAAGGCAGCAAAAAACCAACCACUGGUGGAGAUUGGGGCAUUAUGUCAUUGCCGUCUGUCCUGCCAAGAAAGGUAACUUGUGAGUGUGGUGAAGGGUUCACCUGCCCACGCCUUCUGUUUGAGCACCUGCAGUUGCACGCCCAGGAGUCCUACAUCUGUCCAGACUGUGGUGAGAACAUGACGUCCUGGCCAGUCUUCGAGGCCCACCUUCGCAAACAUCAGCGUGCUGCGUGCCAAAAGUGCAACCAGACUUUCAGUCAUCGCAAGUCACUGCAAAGGCACCUGAAGAAGAACAGGUGCAGGAGCAACGCCGCGGCGGAGAAGAAGCACUGCUGUCCGCGCUGCAAGCUGGAGCUGCCCAACGCACUCGGCCUCAAGCUUCACAUGCAGAGCCCGGCCUGUAAACCUCCCCACAAGGUCCUUCGAUGCCCCGUGUGCAUGCGUGCAUUUGGUGGGGUAGAGGGGCUCCAGAAGCACCUGAUGGUCCACACUCACCCAAAUGCCUUUCACUGUCAGCUGUGCCAGCGCAGCUAUCCCAGCCUCACGUCACUGAAAGACCACCGAAGGAAGGUUCACCGCACGGUGAAGGAGAAGAGUUCAGGUCAGGAGAGCGUGGGAGGGGUGCCAGUAUUAUGAGCACUUUUUUUGCUAAAAGACAUUUAAUGAUGAGAUUUGUUCCCCCAUCCCCCCCCCCCCCACACACACACACACACACACACACACACACAAAGGGGAAUAUCCCUGUCUUCCAUAAAACCUGGAAAGUUAAAAAAAAAAACUAAAAGGGAAUAUCCUAGGCAGAAAGUGUUUUGGACUACUUUACCAAACACACUAACAAAAAAUGAGAAUGUCUGGUUCAUUCCAGCAAUUCAGACAUUUCUAUGUUCAAAUCGAUCAGUGGACAAUGAAUGCGUUUUUUUUUUCACUUGGCAGUCUAGUUUUGAUUUGUGAUUUCCCCCCAGCCCCAACCCCCCCCCCCCCCCCCCCCACACCAUUUUUCCAUGGUCAUUGUUUCGAACUGAACAGUGUGAUGUGUAUUCCUGUAUUACAGUUAUUAAAAAGACUUCAAUAAUUUACUUGAACUAAUGUAGGCUGACGUUAAACUGAAUUCCAUUUUAGAUCUGUAUUUCAUGUUCUUGUUAGUAAAGUGAAACAUACAAAGCACUAGUAAGAACAUGUUUAUUAUUAAAAAUGUGAUGUUUUAAGUUGCACGAUGAUGGCCAGGAUGGCCAAAGCAUCAUAUUUAUUAUGAUAAAAUAAACAUAUUUUAUGUGCAAAUGUCACACCUUUCAGCUUAUCUGCAAGCAUCAUUUUUAAGCUCGCGCCUUGAGCACAAACUUUCCCACAUUUCUUAUCAUAUAUAAAGUAUAUGGUUUGAGUUCAUAACUAUAUUGAUGGGCCUGAUAAAUAAAUGCAAGAUGUGCAUUUAUAUUCACAUUAAUGUUUGAAAUGUGUUUUUUUAAGUCAAAAAGUGGUGGUUUUAUCUGUCCAUUAGAAAGGGGUAGUUUCACCCAAACCUCAGUUUGAUAAAGCUUUGUAAAAUUAGUUGAAUCAGACAUUGUCUUGAUCUCAAUAAACUGUUGAAACUGAGUGAAAUUUGCUGCAGAUGCACAAUUUAAUAACAGAAUAUCGUAUACGUUGUUUCCAUGAGAAGGGAAUGUGAACUACAAAUGAAGACUAGUGAUAACCCCUGUCUGCAAUUUAACCAUAAUUUCAGAAGUGUGUGCUUUCUACAACAGUUCAAUAUGUGUAGUAUAUAGCCUAGUCAGUUAAAUAAUGGUGUUGAAGUAGGCUAUUUAGAAACUUAGAUAACAUACCUGAGGGGAUGCAAGAGCAAACGCAUUGCAUGGAAGAUGAAGCAGAAGUACUCAUUUUUGAAUAAUGAACAUGGCUGUUCUACAAUUUAAAGGUUUAAUAUCAUGUCCUUUGUCAAUGAACUAGGACAUUUUUAGAAAAUGUCAUCUAUAGUAUAUAUGUUCUGCAUUUUUUUUUACACUUGUAAACAUGUAAGUAAAGUGUGUUAAACAUGACUGUAUUCAUCAUGCAACAUUCGUAAAUAAAUACACAGGAUAACUAUAAGGGACUUGUGGAAUUACUACACCGAUUUUUUGAUUUGUUGUAUGCCUUAAAUGGGUGCAUGUAAAAAGGCCUUUUAAAAACGUACUUUCCUAUAGUGCAGUACUUUUUCAGAUCUUUUCUGAAAUGUGUAUGUCUACAGAUGUAACACUAGACAAUGUUCAAACAUAGAUAUUGUCAUCUGAAAGUUUAUUUUUUAAGGAGUUAUUCCAUUCAAAACCAGACAUUCAUCAUUUUUAAGCUGUAGGCACAUUAUAUACCCUUGCUGUGUACAGAAAUUCCCAUUUUCCUCACUUAGGUGCACACGAUGGCUUAAAAAAAACAAAAAAAACAUACAGGUACAUUUUAUGAA